CAACACCGAACGGUCACAGUGUACUAUUUUUGGCCAGCGGUGUUUAUCGCAGUACGAGGUUCAACGACAGCGUGAAACGCGGCACGCCACCGGAUGUGGUACAGCUUUGGAGGCAGGUCGCUUGGUGUGGAAGCUUCCGGUGAACGGUUAGAACAAUCAAUAUUGCUAGAAAGAUGCACGUUUUUGUGUUCGACGAUGCGAGGCAAAAGCGAAUGGGGUAAAGUUGGAGGGAUGCCCUGGCAUCCACUUCCCGCGUCGAUCGUAGUUUGUUUAUGAGAUGCAAAUUGGAUCAAUCGGUCAAUCGGAGGAGCCAAUUAUGACCUGUGAGCAAUUGUGUGUGAUAUCUCUGCCGUCAUCGUGGCUAAAGUUUUCGUGUAAUAUGCUAAUUAAAUCUCGCGUGAUACUAGCCCAAAUGGCAGUGCAGUCAACCUGCUUGGAGUUUGUAAUAAACCGUUCGCAUUGAAAGUAUACCGUGGGCGUUUUUACCAUGCAAAAGUGAAAAUUAUAUGAAGUGAAUAUUCAAAAGCAUGUUAGUGGAUCUGUAUCAUGGCCGCUAUCGAUGUGGUGACGGAUGUGUUUAAUUAGCAUACAGCAUAACAUAAUUAAUGGAUUAUGUUACCGAGGUACGCUUCCCGUAGGCAAAGAAGCCGUGCAAACAAAGAUGGGGAAAUACACAAACAAAGCCAUACAACCAUACCAACAAGCAUAGUGUAAAAGGUUUUUCCUAAUACCACAUCAAUGUACAGAAGUAUGAGUGGGCUUGAACACCGUGUGGAAGUUAAAAAAAAACCAUAAUCAUAACAUCAAAGCCAACAUCCAAUUAGCCGACGAGUGCAUUACAUAUUCAUACCGAACGGUUCCAACCGGUAUUAGUGAAUUGCAUCGCUAAAUUCAUUUUACUCUUGUAAUUGUCAAUUUGCCCUUGAAGUCAUUUUUAUUAUAAUUUUUGAAGCUCAGCAUGUACAUUCCAUAAACCAAAUCGAAAUGGUAAGGGAUAAAAUGUAAUCUUCGAAGGUAAUCAAUGUGAUUGUUUAUUUUCAUUCUAUUGUCAAAAUGCCAAACGCUACACUCUUUUGUUCUUUGGAUAGGAACAAUCUCAUUUCCUUCCUCUACGCAGAUGCAAUUAUGAAUCAAUAUUAGCAAUCUUCCAUUGCAUUGCAAACCCUUUUCGCUAGAAAAGAUGCUGGCCGCUGCACGAACAAGCAUUUCCAACCACAAUCAAGCAGGAUAUAAAGUUGAAAGAACUGCACUCCGCACAGGAUGCAAUAUCUGAAAGUGAAUGGAAUUAUCCAACCAAACCGCUUGGUGCGUGGAUUCGUACGGAAAUGUUUCGUAGUGUAAACCAAAAGUGAACAAGCGGCAGCACAGCACAGACGCUUAAACAUUAAACAAGUGACAAACCCCACAGCUGACUUGAUUAGUAGUGGGACAAGGAAUAAAGCUAUCCAACCCGGACCAAUGAAGAGCUAUCGCUCUUGACUCUUUCCUUUGAAACUCGUUCUACGACAUUCCCGUGCUCCGUCUAAUCAAGCGUUCCGACAAACACUUUGGCUGGUUGUGACACCCGGCGCCCGGCACUGAUAAUGGAACACACUCAUCAAUUAGUAAAGGUGACGAAUUUCAUGCUACACUUGAUUCUACUGCUGCCACUACAGCACACAACCUCGACCAGCGACAGUGAGGGAGGAAAUGCUCUGCCGAACAAUAUCGGUGCGAUUGGAGGGUUGGUGGGGAAAUCUUCCAGCGACUAUACCGGCCCGAUCACGGCUGGUGCGACUAUCACAGGCAGCGGGCGCGAAAGGUCACACUUAAAAGGGACUGGAGGCUGUAAUCGGGUGGUGUUUAGCUCGAGCCGCAUCCGGAACGGUAGCAUCGCACCGUCCCAUUCGAAACAUUCCGGCCUGUUUCCAUCGAGCCUGUGCCAGCUGUACGAGUUUGUCGGCGAUGGAGCGGAACGUGUUCAGAUCAUCUUUUCGGAGUUUCGUCUUCCGUCGACGCUCGGGCCGACCGAAUGCGGUGACACGGAUAUCCUAAUGGUUUACUACAUCGUUAACGGUCGCGAGGAGCUCGUGGAGACGCUUUGCGGUGACACGCUUCCCAAGCCGAUACUGUCCGACGGAUCGAGGCUACUGUUGGAGCUGCGCAGUAGUUACAACAACACGGAAAACAAGGGAUUUACGGGGGACUUUUUCUUUCUCACAAAUUUUGGGAUUCCAAAUGGCUUUCAACCGAAUCAGUCCGAAUGCACCUUUCACUACUUCCGGAACGUCACCAGCCAGGGAUGGAUCCAGUCACCCAACUUUCCCGGAGCCUAUCCAAGAAACAUCAUCUGUAACUAUCUAUUUCACGGUGGGCCCAACGAUUUCGUCCACGUGCGCUUCACGUACUUCGAUAUCGAAGGAAUACGACCCUGCGACGAGGACACAGCCAGCGAUUACGUGGAGUUUUCUAAUUUUGUCACGCGCGAUCGCAAGUACGCGAUGUACUGUGGUAGCUGGCGCGAGCUAGUGGUACGCUCGGACGGUCGUUUCUUUCGCAUUACGAUGGUAUCGAACGAUCGUCUGGAUGGGACCGGCUUUCGGGCGCUCUACACCUUCGAAACGGUGCCGGUGGAGACGACGGAGCGGACCGAGGUAGCGUCGAUGGGCAAGGUCACCACGACCAGUGCCGCCAGCCGGGUACAUGGCUCACUGUCACUGAUGGCACUGAUUACGGUCCCUUCCUCACACGCCAUCACGAACGAAAUCGGCAUCAUUAGCAUCAUUGGUAUUGUGCUCAUAAAAUUCUGUUUAGACUGAUGACAACGUGGGAACAGCACACCGUCCGCGAAAAAAGAACAUCCCACACGGAACGACGGAUUUAAUGGUCGUGCACUGAAAUUGCUUCCGUUAUCAGUUUACGCAAGAAGGGCUCACGGUGGGAUGCAAUACAUCGUCCAAAGGAAGCUGCCCCAGAAAAGCUAUCCCUAAAAGUACUAGAAACCACGCAAAUCAAGGCUCGCACGUGUGCAAAUGAAAGAAUUUUAAACCAAUGGAUUUUUUUUUAAACCAAGAACUUGAUUUUUGUUUUUUUUUUGUGUUCAAAAGUUCUAACUGUAGAAAUCCAUAUCCUUUUUUAAAAUUAAUACAAGCUAGUAGAAUAAUUUAUGUUACCUAGGAAAAACUUUUACUAAAAUCAAACCGUUUUCAUAAAAAUUGUACAUAUUUCGAA